AUGGAAUCGUUAAUGGAGAAGGAGAUUGACCUGCUGAUGGGACAAACAGGUGUGCUUGGUGUUUGUGUAUCUGAUGCCAGUGGCCUUCCGCUGUCAGCGAAGGGAUCACUCAAACCGGAAGUGGCGCCAUUAGCAUCACAGCUGCUCACGUUCUGCUCACAACUUGAGCCAUCAAACUCGGUUUCUCCCACAGUAUGCCUUACGAGCGAGCACAGCAAGAUCGCUUUUUCUAAAAAGGAUGACAUGAUCUUGGUGGUGCAUCAAAAUAUCUGA